AUGGUGAAAUCUACUGUUACUAGUUCCAAAAACAGUGGAUAUGAUUUUAUAUAUAAAGGAUAUAACUUGACAAAGAUAUCAUUUACAUUUGGAUUGAUCAUAAGAUUGAUACUAAUAGUAUUCUCCGAAUGGCAAGAUGCAAACAUGUUAGUUAAAUAUACAGAUAUCGAUUAUGAAGUUUAUACAGAUGCAUCUAGAUUCGUAGUAGAAGGACUAUCACCUUAUGAUAGAUCAACUUAUCGUUAUACACCAUUGUUAUCAUUUCUUUUAAUUCCAAAUAUAUUGGUACACAAAGCAUUUGGCAAACUUUUAUUUGUUAUAUGUGAUAUGAUUAUUGGAUAUCUGUUAAAAUCGAUUCUAAUUCAACGAUUCCCAAAGAUAAAGGAAUCGAUGUUAUUUGCAUGCACCACCGCUUGGAUAUUGAAUCCAUUCGUAAUCAAUGUAUCUACUAGAGGCAAUGCAGAGUCUGUCAUUGGUGCAAUGGUGUUACUAUCUGUCUAUUUCCUUUUUAAGAAACGUUUAAUUCUUGCAUCCAUUUUCUAUGGAUUAUCAGUACAUUUUAAGAUCUAUCCAAUUAUAUAUUCAAUUCCAAUCUAUUUGUAUAUCGAUAAGAACUACUAUAACAAGUUACCAUCCUCCUACAACUCGACCGAUCGUUCUUCUUUUUCAACAAUCCUGAAAAACAUAUUCAACAAGAACAGACUUACCUUUUUCUUUGUAAGCGCAACCACUUUUCUAUCUUUAACUUUUAUUAUGUAUUUAAUUUAUGGAUAUAUAUUUUUAUUUGAAACCUAUUUGUAUCAUGUGAUUAGAGCAGAUAAUCGUCACAACUUUUCAGUGUGCGGUCGGAUCGGUGUCGUUGGCAUCGGUCGGUGUGGCAUUGGCAUCGUUCCUUCCACAGGUACUACUAUUGCUUGCAAUCAGUUGGGUCUACUACAACGACUUGGAGUUCUGCAUGCUAUUGGAAACCAUAACAUUCGUUGCGUUCAACAAGGUCUGUACGGUUCAGUAUUUUAUCUGGUACUACUCGUUGCUACCGUUGGUGCUGCCUACCACUAG